CGGAACCGGGAGGAGCUGUUUUGGGGUGUUGUGAAUUCGUGUAGCCAAGAAAUCUUGAGUGGGAGUUGUCGGGAGAGAUUUGUUGUGCGUUUUGCCCGUCGAUUCGCACUGAUCGCCACCUCGCCAGCCGUAGCCAUGCCCGGGAUAGAGAAGCUGCCGAUAGAGGAGACGCUGGAGGACAGCCCGCAGACACGCUCUCUGCUGGGAGUGUUUGAGGAGGACACUGCAGCGAUAUCCAACUACUGCACACAGCUCUAUCAGGCCAUGCAGAGGAUUUAUGAUGCACAGAAUGAGCUCAGUGCUGCGACACACCUGACCUCCAGACUGCUGAAAGAGUACGACAAACAGCGUUUUCCUCUAGGGGGCGAUGACGAGGUGAUGAGCUCCACCCUGCAGCAGUUUGCAAAAGUCAUUGAUGAGCUGAGUUCCUGUCAUGCUGUCUUGUCCACCCAGCUCGCAGAUGCCAUGAUGUUUCCCAUCACUCAGUUUAAAGAGAGAGAUCUGAAGGAGAUCCUCACUCUGAAAGAAGUCUUCCAAAUAUCCAGUGAUGAUCAUGAUGUAGCCAUUAACAGAUACAGCCGCCUGUCCAAGAGGAGGGACAACGACAAGUUGCGAGCGGAGGCCGUGGAGGACGUCUACACCUCCCGCAAGAAACAGCACCAGACCAUGAUGCACUACUUCUGCUCCCUUAACACACUACAGUACAAGAAGAAGACGGCUUUACUGGAGCCGCUGCUGGGAUACAUGCAGGCCCAGAUCAGUUUCUUUAAGCUGGGAUCAGAAAAUCUCACCCAGCAGUGGGAGGACUUCCUGGGGACCAUAGGAACCAGUGUCCAGAAUGUGCGUCGGGAGAUGGAGGAGGAGGUCGGGCAGAUGCAGCAGACCAUCCAAGAGAUGGAGAGAUCAUGUGACCCGCUGUAUGCACCGUGUGACCCCGACCCCGCCCACUCACCUGUCUGUCGCAACCUGACCAGGAAACAGGGCUACCUGCACAUCCGCAAUAAGACAGGGCUGGUAUCGUCCUCCUGGGAGCGUCAGUACUUCUUCACACAGGGUGGUAAUCUGAUGCAACAGGGCCGAGGCGAGGUGGCAGGCGGGCUGGUCACUGACCUCGACAACUGCUCUGUCAUGGCAGUCGACUGCGACGACCGUCGCUUCUGCUUCCAGGUCACUUCCUUCGACGGCAAGAAAGUGGUGACGCUGCAGUCGGAGAGCAGGAAGGACUGCGAGGAGUGGGUCUCCACCAUCAACAACAUCUCCAAAAGGAUCUACCUAAGUGAGAACGCAGAGGAGCUGGCAGCCAGAGUGAACCAGUCAGCUCUUGAAGCCGUGACGCCUUCGCCAUCCUUCCAGCAGAGACAUGAGAGCAUGAGACCCAGCAGUAAAGGGCGUGUGGGCCGAGCGAGCAGUAUCAGCUCUGUGGGCUCUGAGCCGUCGCCCGCCCUCUCUGUGCUCUCAUUGGAUGCACUGGUUGCCCCGGAAACACCCAUCCAGUUUGACAUAAUUUCCCCCGUCAGCGAGGAGAACUCAGCACAGAGCAAGACGGCAGCACAGUCCGGCAGGAGGAGUAAUCCAUUCGGAGAGUCAGGAGACGGCACAUCAGAGGACAGUGAAGAUUCGAUCCUACACCAGCUCUUCAUCGUUCGCUUCCUGGGCUCCAUGGAGGUGAAGACUACCGAGUCAGCAGAUGUCAUCUCUGAGACCAUGAGGCAGAUCCUGGCAGCCAGAGCCAUCCACAACAUCUUCAGGAUGACCGAGUCACACCUGCUGGUCACCUGCGACUGCCUCAAGCUCAUUGAUCCUCAGACACAAGUCACUCGACUCAGGUUCCCUCUCUCCAGUGUGGUUCAGUGUUCGUCCCAUCAGGACAACAAGAGGCUGUUUGGUUUCGUUUUGCAGCCGGCGACCGGUCGGGGUGACAGCCGAGCCGUCUGCUACAUCUUCGAGUCCAACAACGAUGGAGAGAAGAUCUGCGACAGCAUCGGUCUGGCCAAGCAGAUAGCUUUCCACUCUGAGAUGGACCGUAAGGCCGUGGAGAAGAGGAAGGAGCACGACAAGGCCAAAGAGAAACAGCAGGAAGAACUCAGCAAACAGAGACAGAUAGAGAAGGAUCUGGAGGAGCAGAGCCGCUUGAUCGCCGCCUCGAGUCGCCCAGCUAACCCGCCUGCCGCUGAUGGACAAUUUCUAGUGCUUAGCAACAGCCAAUCGGAGGACAGCGAUGCAGGGGAGGAGGGGAAGAAGAGGGGCGAGUCUGAAGCCUAACAAUAAUAACAAAGGAUGCAUGUUUUACCACCCAGGCGAGUCCCAGCUGGUAUUGUCAAAGCAACAGCUCAGGAAUCAGAGGAGGGGAACACCGCCCGCCUGCACGCCCGCAGGGACAGCUCGCUGCCUGGGACAGGAAAACAUGUGCUCCCUCUCUUGCUGGACUCUGAAGUUUGUGGUGGAGCCUGUCACUCUGAGGACGGAGGAUAAACUGAACGCACCCUCACUAUAAAGAGGGGGAGGGGAGUAUGAGAGGAAGCGUCUCGUCACAGACUCGUGUGUUUUAUUUCUGUGUGUAAAAACGCUGCUUUUUAUACCGGCUCCACUCUCCAGAAAAGGAUGCAAAUAUAGAUCUAACCUGUAAGUUUCUGUUUAUUAUGUUUAUUUUAUAGAAAAUCCUAACAGCAGUGACAGAGGAUUUAAAGCAAAGCAACACGUGUGGAAUUAUGAACCAGGAUCUGAAGGAGACAGAGUUGGAUUUGGACGAUGUGAGCUCUUGUUUAAGGGCUGUUUGGUCGCAGGUGAAGGCUUACCUGAGAUCCCAGAGGGCAAAAGGACAUCGCAGUAUUGUUGGUUUAAGAGUGAUAGAAACAAAAAGAGAAGACACAGGAGGAAGAGAGAGCAGGGAGUCCUUCCUGUUGUGAUGUGUUCAUCAGCUGACCAUUUUAACAGCAUCCUGCAGUGAUGGAUUUAAAAAAAAAAAAAAAAAAAAAAUCUUUAGGGUUGGGCGAUAUGUUGAAAUUCUCCACCUGACCACACCUGUGUGUGUUUUACACCCGUUUUCAUUAAUCAACAGGAAAAUGCGACUGUACACCUUCUGAAUUCAAGUUUCUCUCUGUCACCAAUCCAAGGUCCUGUCUACAUAUGUACAGAUAUUUUUGGAAACAGAUAUUUUCCUUGAUGUUUUGACCUCUCAUCCACAUGCAAACAGUUUGAAGUCAAUAAAUGAUUUUUUUAAGACGCCUUCUAAGGUGCAGAUUUGUUAAAACUCCGGUUACUUUGCAGUUGUGUGGACACGUAAAACAGAGCGUUUGAGAAACGAUGUCAUCUGCAGACAGAAUUUUUUUUUCUAAUUUAGAGGAAAAAUAUCUGUUAAAACAAUACCUGUAUACAUGUAGACGGGGCCCAAGACUAGCAUAGCUCCCUUGUUUACUCAUCGUAAAAUACACUUAAUUGAAACUCGACAGAAACAAAAUAUAAUCAACAAAACCAUCUUAGUUUGUCUUUCCAUUGCUACAACGAUCAAUAACUGUGGUUUGGUCAAAAUGAAACCUUUGGCUCAUUGAGUUAGAUGAUAAAAUAUGCUGCCUCUACACGCUGGUUUUCCCCGCUGUGUCUCAGUGUCCGCUGAGCUUCGGCUCAUUUUUUGGAGGCAGAUGAUUAAAUUAGCACAAAUAAAAUGACAAAAAUCGCUCCCUAAAAUAAAAACAAUAACCACUGAUGUACUGACCCGAUCAAUAUUCACUGAUAUAUAUUCGUCCUAUCGCCCAACUCUAAUUAUCCCCCAGUCGCUGGUUUUCACUCAUUUCACAGCAGAAUGAAAAUCGACUUAUAAGUCUUGAAACUUGCUGACUCACCAUCAUAGGAGAGCACUGAUUAUUAGUUGAUUAAUUAAUUAGUUGAUCAACAGAAAAUUAAUGUGCAACUAUUUUACUAAUCAAUUAAUCAAUUGUUGUUUUCAAGCAGAAAUGCCAAAGCUGUAAACGUUCCAGCUUCCCAUGUGUGAGAAUUUGUUUCUGGGUAUUUUUUAACUGUUUUCAGAUGUUUUAAAGACCAAUUAACUCAUAGAAAAAAACUGAUCGGCAGAUUAAUUAACAAUAAAAAAAAAUAAUUGUUAGCCUCAGCCCUACGUCAGAGUGGAAAUGACAACUUUAACUGUGAUGUCAUCACUUCAAUAGAGCAGCUGUACAUCCAGACUGAUUCGAAAAUACACAACUAAAGUGAAUCCUGAGUCUCUGCAAGCUGAUUUUCAUAAUAGUAAAGUGAGGUAAAUUGAAGGUUGCAGCUUCAUGAAGGUGGAAAGAAACAUAUUCUGAAAUCUACAACAUCAUCUAAUCAGGAUGGGUUUGUUGGUUUACAGGUCAAAAGAUUUUCUAGAUGUCUGCUGUUAAAAUUGUGCUUAAUUUUGACGACACAUUCUGCAAACAAAAUGACAAAAUAUUAACCUGUAAAUCAUGAAAUCAGUGCUCACUGACUAUGCUAUGCCAUAGAAACAGAUACUGCUGACAGUAAUUGCUGCACUUUUAUGCAAAAACAUGUUUGGAGACAAAAAUAUCUGCAAUUUUAAAAUAUUAAAAUAUUAAAUUUCAGCAACACAUGUUGUCGUAGAAGGUCAAAUUCUAUCAGCUGUACUUUAGCCAAAGUGGAAAUAUUUGGGCCCAACCUACUUUUGAUGUAGAAAAUGACUUCAUGUGCCAAUAUUAACUUCAUUAUGUCAUCAUUUUCUGUAUUUGUCGACGAAAUUGUAGACGUCAUAAGCCCUGCUUUGCCCAGCAUCCCCUGCAUGUCAUGCUGUUUGUAUGCAGUGUGUAUUGGCAUAUUGUCAGGACUGGAGCCAACAUGGCCGCCACUGGUACCCCUUUUCCACCACCAUAGAACCAGAUCCUUUCUGGUUUCUGAACCUAGUGUUACAGAGCAUUUUGACCAAAACUGAACUGGUUCAAAACCUGAGAAGUUGACUCUCAGCUGGAAAUGAAAAAUAGCAGGUUUUCCUUGACCUGAAGUACGAACCGUGACGACAUCAGUUGGCAUGUCAUGUUGUACAGGUUGGAAAGAGAGGAUGGAAAAGACAACAGUGGAAAAGUCAAGUGAGAAAUUGUCCUUCGUAGGUCCAUUAUUGUUUUUUGGUAAAAACAAAUACCUGCAAUAACAGAGCAAAAGUUUUGAAAUCUGGAAUUUUGCUACUCUUUACUUCCAUAGUGCAUUUUGCAACGCCCCUCGUUGAUGACAUAUCCUUGGAUACAAUGCUUCUGUGCAAAACUGUUGGAAUUGUGAGCUGUUUUGUUGGAUAGCACCAAGUUUCUAAGAAUCCUGAACAGAACGGUUCAAGAACCAGAGCUAAUUUGGUAGAAAAGGGGUAUGGAGGACCUUGAAGGUGUGAAACUUUAGAAAAGAAAAUCAGAUUUUUUUAACCUCUUUUAUUUGAAGAUUUUAUUCCAAAAUUAGAUGCCUGUAACUUCUGCCUCUUACACAGUGAACAGCUGCAUGAAAGUACCGCUCAACAAUGAGAAUCGUAAACUGUUUAUAGGCCACAAAAGAGCCAAAAAUGCUUCGCUCUUAUUUCUUGAUCUGAGUUUAAAAAGUUGGAGAUCAGCACAAGCACAAAUCUGAUCCUUUGCUGUAUUUGUUGGCACGUCUCCAUUCUGAAAACCGAAAGAAAAAAACGUUACGGCUCGACUUUUGUCUUCUCUGAUAAGCUGGUGCAUUUUACUCAUGCAGAAAACAUUAACAUUUUAACACAAACGUUCUGCCAAAUAAUCCGCUGAGUCAGUGUGUUCCUCCUGACGUCACAAUAUUUAUCUGUGCUUUAAUACAAAAUAUUUCUGUCAUUUGUUUGAGGCCUUUUUCUGUUUCUCACAGGUUUUAUUCAUUAAUCUUUUUAUCCCGAGUGAGUCACGAUGAUAAUCUGUAGAAAAACAACUGAACAAGCUUUAGUUCCAACAUCUAUAGACAUACAUGUAGGGAGGUGAAAGGUCAGAGGUCACAGGCUUCUGUGGGGAAGUUAGCAUGGCGAAGACGUUUCUAAAAGCCUCAAUCAACAGUUACUGAUGAUGAUUAUUUUGGGAUGGUGGGGAUGGGGGGAUGUUUUCUUGCUCUAACCAGGUGAAGAACGAGCUGCACUUUACUGAUGCAAGAAAACGUGCUUGGAUCGAUGAUGUUGAACUGUAAAUAUGUUUCAGUGAUGAUUGUUUCAGUGUCAUGAAUAAUUAAAAAAAGGCUUUUCAGUGAUAAAUAAAAGCACUAACUCCA